AUAGCGUGCUCGUCGCGACUUGCCGCUUGUCCCAUUCGCGGUCUGACGCUAGCGGGGCACGGUCGGUGCCUACGCUGUCUCCUCGGACCAAGUUUUACACAAUACCAGAAUUCAUCAGCCAGAAUUAUGAGGGUCCGUCCUCUCUCGACGGCCCUGCUUCUCGUCCUCAUCACACUCCUUACCGAGGUAUCAAAGGCAGAGGAUAUCUAUUGGGAAGGGGAAAAUGAAGCUUCAAAUGAGUUCUUAGAAGUGGAUACUGGAGACCUAGGCAUCGGAAAACAUCUAGAGAGGCUAAAACGACAAUUAAAUUUCUUUUCAUUCUUCACAACAACGACGCCUCCACCAGCUGAGAUCAAUGAGAGCGUCACCGAAGAUGAUGAAGAUAUUGGAAAUAAGUACGAAGAUGUGGAAAACGAGGUCGAUGGGGGAUCUGGAGUUCCCGAUCGAACUGAGCCUGAACCAAAAGAAAAAACUGUCCGAGUAACAUUUGUGGUAAGGGAGCCUUAUCAAACGAAUUACUCGAACAGAGAUUCGUUGGAAUUCCAAAACUUCUCGAAGUCUUUAGCUGAGGCAGUUAAUGCUGUAUUUAGAGACUUACCUGGGACCCAUAGAGCAAGUUUAGUUAGGAUUCAAUCCAGAGCGACAGAUGAAUUCUCCUGUAAAGUGACGAUUGAGAUCGUCACUACAGGCUAUGAUGACACCGACAAGAUUGCUGAAAUUCUUCGAGCCCAUAUCCAAAAGAAGAGGAUACUUGGUGAUGUCGUUGUCAGUGAUGAAGACUUUAGUACUAUUGUCAUCGAUCCAGCAUAUAGUACGCCCCUUGAUUCAUGCUCCGUGGAUCAGUUGACUUGCUCAGACGGUAGAUGUGUACCGGGAACAGCGAGAUGCGAUGGAAACAGAGACUGUGCCGAUAAUUCAGAUGAAAUUGGGUGUCGUUAUGAAGAUAACAACAACGAAGAACAGAAUCCAUACGAUCCGGAAAACCCAGAUGACAACAAAAAUGAUGAUCAGUUUGUAUCAGAAAGUUCCGAUGACGAUUACCCUAAUCCAGAAGUAAAUGAAAAUACGCCAGGCCCAUACAGUGAAAAUGAAAGGGAAGAUGAGCUUAUAUCUCCAGAUGAUAAACCAAGAGACGUAAAUAACGAAGCUGAUCCUUAUGAAAAUACAAAUGCAAAUGAGAUUGAUGAUGAUAACCUUAUAAUUUCUGAAGACAAAAAUCGAGCUGGAGAAUCCCCCAACGGAGACAGGGGAGACACACCUGAUUUGCAACCAACAGACACUGCAACGGACUAUCCUGGCUUGGACGAAACAUCAGAAUCUUGUCCAGAAAAUUCAAUGCGAUGUGAUGAGACCCGUUGCGUCCCAAAUGCAAAACGUUGUGACCAAUACAGAGACUGCAACGACGGAGCUGAUGAAGAGGGAUGUCCGGAUGAAUCUUGUGGUGUCGACUAUUUCCGCUGCAAUAAUGGAAAAUGCGUAGAAGGUUAUCGACGCUGUGAUCGCGUGGUAGAUUGUCCAGAUGGAGAAGAUGAAGUUGCCUGUGACUGCCGGCCUGAUGAAUUCCAGUGUCAAGAUGAUGGGUCCUGUAUAGAAAGCAGAAAGCGUUGUGAUGGUAUCAAUCAUUGUAGAGAUGGGUCGGAUGAAAACCAGUGCACAGCAAAGGGAUACUUUAGAUGCAGAGGUGGCAAGUUAAUACCUGAAAAUGCGAGAUGCAAUCGUCGAUACGAUUGUGAUCCUGGAGAUUAUAGCGAUGAACAAAAUUGUCCAUGUGGUGACGACGACUUCAAAUGUGACAAUGGCUACUGCAUUCCCAGAUCUAAACAAUGUGACAGAACGCAUGACUGUCAGGAUGGUUCUGAUGAACGACAUUGCACUUAUGGUGUCGAACGUUGCUCUCCAGAGAGUUUUACUUGCGACCGUGGUUCCAGUGUUCCCUGUGCAACUCGUUGUGACAAUAAUCCCGAAUGCGACAAUGGUGAAGAUGAAGAUGGUUGUCCUGAUUGCGCUCACAAAUGCGACGGCAGGUGCAUAGAUGAAACUCUAAUAUGCGACGGCGUCUCCGACUGCUCUGAUUCUUCGGAUGAGAUCGACUGUAACACUUGCGAUGGACCGAACGACUUCAGAUGUAGAAAUGGUGAAUGCAUUAAAGCUUCUCAGCGCUGUAACUCAGUCGAGGAAUGCUCCGAUGCAAGUGACGAGUUGCAAUGUAACGAUACGAUGACAACUGGACCAAUCACUUGCAAUGAAGACCAAUACCAGUGCCGAAACGGUUUUUGCAUAGACAUGCAAUUCUUUUGCGACAGAAAUCCAGACUGUACCGACAACUCCGACGAAGAAAACUGCCCAUGUGAUGACGGUUACUGGCAAUGCCGAACUGGGCAGUGCAUCCGAGACUCAGAACACUGCGACGGAACCUAUCAUUGCAGUGAUGGUUCCGAUGAAAACAACUGUCCCACUACGUACAGACCUUUUACCACUGCUUAUCCUUAUACUCAACCGCCACCGACACAGCCUCCGCGCUACUUCACAACUACUUCUGCACCGUUCUUAAACCCAUAUGUGCCUGACAAUCGAGUAGGGGAAUGUAAAAGACAUCAAUGGCGGUGCGAAAACGGACCGUGUAUAAACAAGAACCAACGAUGUGAUGGUCAUGUGGAUUGUCCGAAAGAUGGCAGCGAUGAAUUCGAUUGUCCAGCAGGCAGCCCCAUAGCACUCAAUUUGAAGACUUAUCCCGUGGAACAAACAGUGCGAAACGUACACUAUGGUGGUGAUGUGGUUUUCUCUUGCCGAGACGAAGGUCCCAUCAGAGCUCCAGUGAGAUGGGUUAGGGAAGGAGGCAGAUCCCUCAAACCCGGAUCGGUGGACAGAAACGGUCGUCUUGAAAUGAACCACGUGACGAUGGGCGAUAGCGGUAUCUACAUGUGUCAAGCGCCUAGAUACUUGGGCUCUCCUGGUUCCGAAGUGAGGGUUACUCUUGUCGUCGAAAGACCUUCUGCUACGGUCCGACCUCCAUUCAUUACAUGUCAGUUUGACGAAGCAACGUGUGGUAAUGGACAGUGUAUACCAAAGACAGCGGUCUGUGACCGUAAAAUCGACUGCGAUGACGGAUCAGAUGAAGACACUUGUGGUCAAAACGGACUAUGUCAACCAAACGAGUACCAGUGCGCGAAUCACAAGUGUGUGUUAAAAACUUGGUUUUGCGACUCUGACGAUGACUGUGGUGAUGGUUCGGAUGAAAUCAACUGUCCCACUCUCGAUCCUCACCAAAACUGUAGUCGAGUAGAAUUCGCGUGUACUAGCAAUGACCAAUGUAUUCCGAGAAGCUUUCAUUGUGAUGGACAGAGUGAUUGUCUUGAUAAAUCCGAUGAGACAGGAUGCGCCCCCGUUCACGUCACUCGACCACCUGCACCAUCAAAUGUAAGACUGAAUCCUGGUGACACCUUAACGCUUGUUUGCGAAGCCGUCGGUGUGCCCACGCCUCUUAUAUCCUGGAGGUUGAAUUGGGGCCAUGUGCCACAAAAGUGUACAUCCACCAGUGAAAAAGGAAUUGGAAGACUCACAUGUUCAAACAUGCAGCCCGAAGACAGUGGCGCAUACUCUUGUGAAGCUAUCAACAAUAGUGGGACGGUAUUUGCUAUACCAGAUGCUAUUGUGUACGUUAAUAGAACUGAAGCUCUAUGUCCAGCUGGAUAUUUCAAUAGCGAGGCUCGCUCUCAAAACGAAUGCAUCCGAUGCUUCUGUUUCGGAGAAUCAACAACUUGCAAGAGCGCAGAUCUCUUCACAUACAAUAUGCCAACUCCGCUCGGCGAAGGUGGUACUAGGCUUAUUGGCGUGAAACAGGCCUACAACGGUGAUGUACAGAUUGACAAACAACAGACGAUCAACAAUCAGUAUUACUACCAACCACUAAGGAAUGGAGCAACGGUAACCAAAUUAGCAGACUACAGCCCUGCCGGGUCAAGAACUUCGGGGUCCCGUCCCUACUUGACUCUACCAGAAAGCUACAAUGGAAACCAACUCACUUCCUACGGUGGCCAUAUCAAAUAUAGAUUGUCGCCACACAACCCUCAACCUUAUGGCUAUAAUGACAAUGUACCUGACGUCGUUAUAAUAGGAAAAUAUCAAAGCCUUGUACAUCAAUUUCGGGGAGAUCGUGGAAGAGACUUGGUGGUUGACGCCCGCCUGACUCCGGAUAACUGGAUGAAACCAAGCCCUCGCGGUUUGAUUGCAGUCACUAGAGAGGACAUUAUGAUGGCGUUGGAUGACAUAGAAAUGAUCUUAGUCCGCGCUGACUUAAACAACGCUGGUGUCAACAUAACCGACUUUACUAUGGAGUCUGCUCAGCACAUCAAUGUUGGUCUCGGCUCUGCAAGUUUAGUCGAAGAAUGUAGCUGUCCUCCUGGAUAUGAAGGCCUCUCCUGUCAGAAAUGUGCAUCAGGCUUCGCGCGAGAGAGAAAUGGUCCGUGGUUGGGAUCGUGUGUCCCCAAACGCGCUUGUCCUCCUGGAACUUAUGGAGACCCUAACAGUGGUGGAGACUGCAGACCUUGCCCCUGCCCUCUCACUAACAGAGAUAACCAGUUCGCUAGAACAUGUUCACUCGGACCCAGUGGAAUUGUUAUUUGCGACUGCAAUCCAGGCUAUGAAGGAAAUGACUGCAGCCGUUGUGCUCCUAACUAUUUCGGAAAUCCUCUGAUCCCUGGUGACUCUUGCAAACCAAGACCGUCAGAUAACUGCAAUGGUCUGGGUACUGCUCAAGUUCGCUUACCAGAUGAAUGUGUUUGCAAAGACAACGUUCAAGGAAGAUACUGUGAUCAAUGUAAAGCUGGAACCUUCUUCCUUUCUAACGAUUUCAGAGAUGGAUGCGCCUCAUGUUUCUGUUCGGGUGUAUCCCAACAGUGUAUGAGCAGCAAUUUACGCAGGAAAACCACUAUUGUUCGUUUCAACGUACCACAAAUAGUAGGACAAGUAAAAUUGUACAAGAGUGCUCCCUUCGGUUCUGGAGGUACAGUUAGAUACAAUGCACCAAUUGAGACCGAUGCCCAACCGGAGUUGUUCAGAGGCGAAAUGAGUCUAAGCAGCUUUGAUAGAACGCAGCCAUCUAUUUACUAUUGGAGUCUACCGCCGAGUUUUGCGGGAGAUAAAGUUACUUCCUACGGUGGAUUUUUGAAUUACGAACUGCGGCACGUGCCUACUCCUGGAAGCCAAGGAUCGAGAAACAACGCUGCUGAUGUUCAGCUUAUAAGUGACAAUAGUCUGACUUUCAACUACUUUGGAAGCUUUGCGCCGAAUGGUGACGGAUACUUGAACGCCAGUCUACAACUCCUGGAAAAAGGAUGGCAAAGGCCUGAUGGUAAAGAAGUAUCGCGGGAGCACUUCCUUUUAGCUUUAGCAGACGUUAAGACGAUUUUGAUUAAAGCCACAUACACUACCAAUACUGAGGUAGCGUCCGUUGUUAGUGCGAGCAUUGAAACAGCGGAGUCUGGUGGAGAUGGGCCAUUGGCCCAACAUGUCGAACAAUGUGUUUGCCCUGGAGGCUAUAUGGGAACAUCUUGUGAAGACUGUGCUCCUGGAUACACUAGAAUAUCAAGUGGCUUAUAUUUGGAGCAUUGUGGAGCGUGUGAAUGCAAUGGACACUCAAGCAUGUGUCACCCGGAAACGGGCGUUUGUUACGAUUGUGCCGAUAACACCGCUGGAGCCAAUUGUGAGGACUGUAAGGAAGGAUAUGAAAGGGAUAUUUACAAUAACUGUGUUCUCCGUAGUUCUAACACGCCAGCUCCAUGCAAUUGCGAUCCCCGCGGAGAAGAAAUUCCCUGUGAUGGGUCUGGAUAUUGUACGUGCAAGCAGAAUGUAGAGGGCGAUACAUGCGGUCGUUGCAGGACGGGAACGUUUGGACUCGAUGCUGCUAAUCCACUCGGUUGCUUGUCAUGUUAUUGCUCUGGAGUCACCAACAACUGUCACGAGGCAAGUCACUACGCAAGAAUACCAAUCGCAGCUCCUAUAUUUGGUGAGAACUAUGGAGGUUAUACGCUUACUGACUUGAAUGGACAAUUGGUUAUCAACGAUCAAUUCAUACCGGCCCCCGAUGAAAGCGAACUCAUGUACACGUUCUCAUCUCCUCCUCAAGAAGAAUUAUACUGGUCCUUGCCGGUCUUCCCGGGUAACCGAGUUCUCUCAUACGGCGGUACAUUGUCACUAACGCAGAAGUUCCAAACUGGCGGAUAUGCUGAAGAAUCUGUACCUGGAAAUGACGUCAUCUUCAUUGGUGAUGAGAUCUCUGUAUACUGGUCAAACCCAACACCUAUUAGAUCUGGUGAAUCAUUGAGUUACCAAGUGCCGCUUCAGGAAAGUGGCUGGUUCAUUCUGAACACAGCAACACCAGCGAGCCGUCGGGACUUCAUGAGUGUCUUGAAAAACCUUCGCCGUGUACUGGUCAGGGCGACGCUAUCUGAUGAACUCUUGUCUACGGCAAUUGCUGACGUGUCUAUGGAUACCGCAUUAGAGCUCUCCGACUCAUCUUCCCCUGUUGCUAAGAGCGUUGAGAUUUGUAUUUGUCCGGAAGGGUACUCAGGAACAAGUUGUGAAAUAUGUAAUGCUGGAUAUUACAAGGAUCAGAAUGGCCGGUGCAGGCAAUGCAAUUGCAAUGGACACGACUGUCAGCUGAAUAGCUACGACGAACUCAUCUGCAACUGCCGUCCGCCCUACAUAGGACCAGAUUGCUCGACCGUCGGUGGUGAUUCCAGCGUUGAUCAGACAACAAGACCAGUUCCACCUCAAAGCACUGUAACAGUGACCAUUACAAGUCCAACUAUUAAAAUUGAGGAAGUGGGAAGCACAGUUAAUUUCACAUGUCAGGCCCAAAGCAUCAAUGUCCGAGGCCCACUAAUUGUUAACUGGUAUAAGUCUGACGGGGAGCUACCACAGGGCAGAACGCAAUUCGAUCAAGACUCCGGAAUGCUUCGUAUAACCAACCUGCAAGUCUCCGACAGUGGAAAGUAUAUAUGUCAAACGAGCGAUGGAGUAUCCACGAACCAAGCUUUCGCAACGCUCAAAGUACCAGGCAAUGAUAUGAGACUACCAACUGUAUCUAUCAGCCCGCCAAUAGCGGAAUACUACGAAGGUGACAGGAUCGAACUAACUUGUUCCACAACUGGCAACCCUGCACCAAGAAUCACAUGGCAGAGAGCAUACAACCGGCCACUACCACGAACAACUCAAAGAUAUGACGCUUUAUUGGUUAUUGAAAAUGCAAGACAGGACGAUUCAGGCGAAUACAGGUGUAUCGCAUCAAACGCAGCUGGAACCAGGGACAGAACAGCAGUUGUGACAAUCCGCCAAAGACCUUCACGGCCAUCGUAUCAAGAAUUGACUGUGUCUACUCAAACUCCGACUGUCGAUGAGGGUAGAAGCACUACAGUCGUGUGCACUGGAACUACUAAUGUGCCAGCUGGAGCCAUUAAUUGGGUCAGACAAGACGGUACUGAUUUCUUACCAAACGUACGCUCCGAUAGUGGUGUUUUGUACAUUGAUUAUGCUCGACUCGAAAACUCUGGAGUUUACAUCUGCCAAACGUCAGCCUUUGGUGUUAAUCCAACCUUAAUUACUCUUGAAGUAAGACCGCUAGGUCCGCCCGUAGAAACAUCAAAUAUCACCCUCUCUGUCGACCAUCUCAGAAUUCCAACUGGUGGAAGCGGAACAAUAGAAUGCACUCCCCAAGGAUAUCCAGUACCACUUAUUAAAUGGACUAAGCAUCAAGAUUCAUUUGGUCUUGGUACCAGCCAACGCGAGAAUACUCUUAUAAUAAGUAACGCCCAAGACAGCGACCAGGGUUACUACCUUUGCGAGGGAUCAGUGGAGGGAGUGCCUAUUAUCAGCACCUAUGUCUAUGUGGAGAUUGAAAAACGCGAGGCUCCACGUUUAGAAAUAUAUCCACAAGGAGAAAACUACGUUACAUUAGGCAACCAAUUUCAAAUACACUGCCGUGUAACUGGUGGCAUUCCUUCACCAGUUAUAACUUGGGACAAGAAUAGAGGACAGUUGUCACCGCACGUAGAAAUUCAACAGAAUAACAAUGUUCUAAGUUUCCAAACAGUAGAGGUCAAUGACGAAGGCACCUACACAUGUACAGCAACCAACGAAGCUGGAUCAACAAGCGCGAGUGCAACUGUAAAAGUUAGGUCUCCACCGGAAAUAACUAUCACUCCAAGCAAUUUUAUUCAAGUGAUAAAGGGAGACAAGGUUGAUGUCGAAUGUAGGGCAGAUGGAUACCCGGAGCCAAUGGUUUCUAUUAAAUUAUCUGAUCGUGAAUUCGUGUCUCCAUCACCUAGAAUCGCUGUGUUGUCAAUAUCCUAUGUGAAUGAAAGGCAUGAGGGUGACUACACAUGUAUUGCUACCUCUGCUGCUGGUACUGUCGAAGAACAGUUCGCUAUUCGAGUUGAAAGGGGUGACGGAGGCUUUGGGAAUGAUGUAGAAGGCAGUGGCGAAGACAGCAUUGGGUCAGAGUAUCAACCAGAUUUUGAUGAAAACGCACCGAGUAAUAUGGUAGCCAUUGAAGGACAAGAAAGUCGCCUUGGGUGCAAUGCGUCGAGGGAGUUCCAAGUUGUUUGGGGACGAGCUGACAGAAGCCCACUUCAGUUCAACGCUAGACAAUAUGGUUCCGAGCUUAUCAUUUACAACACAUCAAAAGCAGACUCUGGCAGAUACGAAUGCACAUUGAUAAACCAACGUACGAACGAAGUACAGCAAUCUGUGUACACAAGUUUGCAAGUGAUGGCCGCUCCCAGGAUCACUUUGAGACCUCCAUCACAAAUAGUACACCCAGGACAAUCACCAACAGUCGAGUGUGUCGUUGAAGGAGACGAUAUUAUUAGCAUUUCAUGGAGACCAGUUGAUCGGUUACCUUCAAGCCGCGUAGAGAUCCGUGAUUCCACCUUAUUGUUCCGUCAAAUUGAGGUUGAAGAUGCUGGAAAAUACGAAUGUUUUGCAAUGAACAGAUUGGCUAAUGCAACUGCGAUAGCUGAGGUUAUUGUUAACGAAGAAGCCGAUCGUGCGCCGUCGAAGUCGCAUGAUAACGAACAAUUCGCACACGUGGGAGCCGCUGUUCAUCUGAGCUGCAACGUCACUCAGCCCGGAAUGAAAAUAAGAUGGAACAAAGAUGGCAGAACCCUACCACGCACCGUAACUCAGAAGACAGAUGGAUCUCUAUUCAUUAGACUUGCUCAGAAAACAGACAGUGGCCGCUAUGUUUGUAUCAUUUGGGACGGCUAUGGACGACAAACUAGCAAUUACAUCAACCUUCACAUAGAGGGUGUUGAAUGCUCACCAUCAGAGUUUCAUUGUUAUGACGACAGUGCUUGUAUUCACGAGGACUUAAUUUGCGAUGGAUAUGAUAACUGUCUGGAUGGUAGCGAUGAAAAUAACUGCAUAUUAAGAGAAAAAAGACUAUUGCAGCCGCAUUCGGAUCCACGUCGAACUGGAACUCGUGACGAAACACCGGCCUUAGUUUCAAUCGAUCAGCCACGGAGACCUUUUAGGGUUAGAGAAAAAGUGGAAGUCCUUUGCAGAGCAAGAUCUAGAAAUAUCAGAGUUUCAUGGGAGAGAUAUAAUACAAACCAAUACGUAGAAACAAGGACCUAUGGCGAUGGAUCGCUAUUGCUGAUACCUAAUGUUGAGCAAUCCGAUGCUGACGUAUACAGAUGUACUGGAAUUGACCCCUAUGGAAGACAAUCUUCGGAUGAUUUCGUACUUGAAGUUGUGCCAGUGUCUGAUUCAAAACCAUACCCCAUAAAUGAUGAUGAUACCAUGUACACUGCACGCUUGGGUGAUACGAUUGACUUGCCAUGCACCAGCAAUUUACAAGAACCCGUAGUUAUUUCAUGGGGACGUGAAUUUUCACCACUACCAGCCGGCGUUGGGCUAAAUGAGCGGAGCCUUCACAUAGACAGUGUGACUGAAGCCGAUGCUGGGACCUAUGUGUGUCAUGUGAGGAACAACGUAGGUAGUGUUAAGACAAGAGCUACUCUACGCGUCAUUGGCAUUGUACCCAAAUUAAAUGGCGAUGGAUGGCUGGCUCUACCUACCUUGAAGGAUGCAUACAUGCAGUUUGAAAUUGAGGUCUCCUUCAAACCUGCUGAUUCUAACGGAAUAAUACUCUACAACAGUCAAAAAGAAGACGGAACAGGGCACUACUUGGUCUUGCAAUUAGUCGAUGGAGUACCACAAUUUACCCUCAAGUUUGAUGCAGCUGAUGCCUUAGUGACUAGGGGCGAUAGGCCACUUACCCUUAACGCUUGGCAUACAAUUCGCCUCAGACGAAGUGGAUCUAAAGUCACCAUGGAUGUGGACAACACGGGACCAUUCUCAGCGGAAUCAUCAAUUCAGUACCAGACCUUGGAUCUAUAUGCACCAUUAUACAUUGGUAAUGCACCACAACAACGGCCAUAUGAACUUGAAACUACUUCAGGAUUCGUAGGUUGCGUAAGCAUGUUGAUACUUGGCAAGGAAGAAAAGAAUAUAAUGGCAGAUAGCAUAGAAAGAAACAAUGUCUACGAGUGCGACUCCUGUACACCAAAUCUAUGCCUCAAUAGCGGCGUGUGUCAGGAAGCACGCAAUGAACGCGGCUACAGAUGCCUUUGUCCUGGCGGUUUUGCUGGUCAAAACUGUGACAAGACCGGCGAAGCCUGCCGCCCAGGGUUGUGUGGACCAGGCAAAUGUACGGACACCGCCGAUGGCUAUAGAUGCGCAUGUCCUGUCACUUAUGCUGGAAGAAAUUGCGACGUUAGGCAAAAUAUCGAAUAUCCAGCAUUUACGGGUAGCGCAUUCUUAGCGAUCAAACCGCCUCAGACUUCACGUUAUCUCAAAAUGUCUAUGAAGAUCAAACCAAAACCACCUGUGACUGAUGGUAUUAUAAUGUACUGCGCACAAUCACCUAGAGGCUACGGUGGAUUCACAUCACUCACAGUCCGUGAUGGACACUUGGAGUUCAGAUACGACCUUGGCGACAAUACCGACCCGGUGGUACUGACAAGUAACAAGACCCUUCAAGCUAACUCAUGGACAUCAGUUCAAAUUAUAAGAAGCGGGGAUUUAGUCUCGUUGACAGUAGAUAUGAUCCAUAGCUACAAUCAUAAGCUGACAUCACCUAGGUAUCUGAGCUUGGAAACACCAUUGUUCGUGGGCGGCGUUGAUGACUCUGUCGUUCUAAACAACAAUACUGGCGUCGUUGGGGGCUUUAGCGGAUGCAUCAAGGAUGUCAAACUGCAAGGAGAUGACUUGAACUUAAUAAAUUCGUCAAUUCAAUCAGCAAAUGUUCAGGAAUGCGUCAACUACGAUCGUGGAGACAUACCAGAUGUUGAGAGCAUAUGUUCUCAAUGUCGCAAUGGUGGCUAUUGUCUGAACGCUGACUCGGCGUACUGCACUUGUCCGUCUGGCUUCUCCGGCCAAUACUGCGAGUACAGGGUGCCUCUGAGUUCUCAAAGACAGCCCGUGAACAACCCUUGCGCAGCUCUGCCGUGCAAAAAUGGUGGGACGUGUAAAAGCGAUUUCUCAACCCGAAUGAAUUAUACAUGUGACUGUCCCUUGGGAUACGCGGGUCAAGGUUGCCAAAUGCAAUUAGAACUCCUGCAAAGCGUCGGCUUCAAUGGUAACGGUUACUUAGAACUACCAGCCAGUUAUUUGAGAUACGAUCAGUUGGAACUGGAACCCGCAGCAAUCGCACUUGCUUUCCACACAACGAACGAUGGAGUCCUCCUGUACCAACGGGAAGCUAAACUUAGAAGUGGAGGAGACUACAUAUUAAUUAAGGUCAAUAGAGGCCUUGUGGAGAUGGAAUGGGAUACGGGCAGUGGACUGAACAGUAUACUUAUUGAUCAAGUAACUGUAAUCGAUGGAGAGAGACACGCAGUGAUUGCCAAGCUCAACCCUGAUAACAGCGUUGAAUUGACAGUGGACGGUGUUUCUAAAUCCAAAACGACCAAUGGUAUCUCCAAUGUCAUGAACGCUGAUUCGAAUAUUUAUAUUGGUGGUAUUCCUGAGAGUUGGAGUUCGGAAUAUGACAAUUACCAAGGUCUAACUGGCUGCAUAGAGCAAGUAGAAUUCACUGGUGAGACGCGAGGGCUUCGGUUGGGCAAGGUCGCUGUCGCUGGCAGAAACACACAACGAUGCAAAGACCAAGCGAUUCACUACUGAGUCUACGAUACGAGAUACGAGUCGAUUAUAAUUAUAUAAAGCAGAAUUACAAACCUGCUUAGUUCAUAAGAUCUAUUUAUGGGACACUAUUUAAUAAAACUCUCUAUAAAUAUUCGAGUUCCAAGCAUUAUAAAUGUCAAUUGAUGAUAAUAUUAUAUAAUAAGCGUUAAUAAUUAUGUUUCGUUACUUUCAGAAACAAAUGCAA